AGACUAUUUCAUAGCCGGGCGGUGGUGGCGAGAACAAUGGCGGCGUGCAGUCGCAUUUAGGCGUGCGCGUCGGGGUGGGGCCUCGGCAGCGUCCGAGGGCGGGGUCUCGAUGCUCCAACCCAUUGCCUCUGGUCUCCAGCCAGGGUUUGGCAGCCAUGGCUUUUCCCCGAGUGCGGCUGGUUGUCACCGCUGAUGACUUUGGUUAUUGCCCGCGGCGCGAUGAGGGCAUCGUGGAGGCCUUCUUGGCAGGAACUGUGACCAGCGUGUCACUGCUGGUCAACGGCACAGCCGCAGAGAGCGCGGCCGAGCUGGCCCGCAGGCACAGCAUUCCCACGGGGCUCCACGCCAACCUGUCCGAGGGCCGUCCGGUGGGCCCGGCCCGCCACAACGCCUCGUCGCUCCUCAGCCCGGAAGGCUUCUUUCUCGGCAAGAUGGGAUUUCGGGAGGCCUUAGCGGCUGGAGACGUUGCUUUGCCCCAGGUGCGGGAGGAACUAGAAGCUCAACUCAGCCGCUUCCGGGAGUUGUUGGGCAGGUCUCCCACUCACGUGGACGGUCACCAGCACGUGCAUGUGCUCCCAGGCGUGUGUCAGGUGUUCGCCGAGGCGCUGCAGGCGUACGGGGUCCGCUUCACACGGCUGCCGGCAGAACGUGGCGUGGGCAGCUGCGCGUGGCUUGAAGCGCCAGCGCGCGCCUUCGCCUGCACGGUGGAGCGCGAUGCCCGGGCCGCCAUCGGCCCCUUCUCUCGCCACGGCCUGCGGUGGACCGAUGCCUUUGUGGGCCUGAGCACUUGUGGCCGGCAUAUGUCUGCUCACCGAGUCUUGGGGUCACUGGCGCGGGCCCUGGAAGACAUCCCUGCUGGCCACGCCCUGACUGCCGAGCUGAUGGCACAUCCCGGAUACCCCAGUGUGCCUCCAGCAGGGGGCUGCGGUGAGGGCCCAGAUGCAUUCUCUUGUUCUUGGGAGAGGCUGCAUGAGCUGCACGUUCUCACAGCACCCACUUUGCGGGCUUGGCUGGCCCAAAAUGGUGUGCAGCUCUGUGCCAUAGACGACCUGGAUUCCAAAAGGCCGGGGGAAGGGGUCCCCUUGUGAGACAACUCUGGAACCUUUCCUGGUGCCUUCCCCAUUCUGACACCGAAGGCCAGCUACAAACUGCCUAUCACUAUGGAGGAAGGCCAGGGCUAAAGCUCCAGUUCAGCCAGGCCUUAGAGCAGGGUCUGACUUCCUAGAGUGAAAAGCCACUAAUCCCGUUCGUUCCCGGGUCCUCUAAGCUGAGUAGAAGGCCGACCUUGGGCAGCGCUGCCUGACUGCAGGCAGGCCCAGUCUGAUAUCCAGACAUAAGGUCAGCUGAGCGUUUAUUUGGUGCCAGUUCAUGUUGCAAUUAUAACCACUUGUUUAAGAACAGUGGGAAGAAGCUGGUGUGUUAAUAAAAUAAUGUCUUUCAGA